UUUCAACAACAAUAAUUUUCUUGUUUAUUUUUAUAUUGAUUGUUCAUUUUAAAUCAUCGCCAUUUAAAUUAUUUAACUCUUAAUUAGUUAUUAAACUACUUUCUCUAAUCAUCCAUCAUGGGAAGUCGAUCUUCCCUCAUGCUUCAAGAUGAGGAAAUUGCUAUUAUCCAAGAAGAGACUGGAUUUACACCAAAUCAAAUUGAAAGGUUGUACAGUAGAUUUACCUCAUUGGAUAAAGGAGAUAAUGGAACAUUGAGUCGUGAUGAUUUCCUUCGUAUACCCGAGUUAGCGAUUAAUCCAUUGGGUGAUAGGAUUGUUCAAGCUUUUUUCGGUGAUGAAGAGAGAAUCAAUUUUCGUCAUUUUAUGCGCGUUUUGGCCACUUUUAGACCUGUUAAGAAAAAUCGUGACAAUAAGUUAAACAAUCGUCGGGAAAAAUUACGAUUCGCCUUUAAAUUGUAUGAUCUAGAUGAGAAUGAAAAGAUUACCCGGGAAGAAUUACUUGCUAUUCUUCACAUGAUGGUUGGUGCAAAUAUCUCUAAUGAACAAUUAGCCUCCAUUGCCGAUAGAACCAUAAUGGAAGCCGAUAAAGAUGGUGAUCAGUGUAUAUCAUUCGAAGAGUUUUGUAACAUUUUGGAAAGAACUGAUGUCGAAGAGAAAAUGUCAAUUCGUUUUCUUCAUUAAUUAUCAAUACCUCUUCUAUCAUUAAUAGAAAUGAAAUUAAUGAUUCGACGAAAAGGAAAACAAGUAAAAGUGAGAGAGAAAUCAAACCAAACAAAUCCAAUCAACUAACUAACUACAACAUUCAACUUUAAUUGUUAUAAAUACAUCAAAGAUUUAAUUACACAAUGAUUCCUACCUACAAUAGUAUAUGAAAAACAAAUGGAAAAGAGGAAAACAAACCAAAUCAAGAAAAUCGUUUCUAACUUAAUCGGAUUUAAAUUGGAUUAAUGCCUUAAUUUGACCUCGAUUUAAUUUUUAUUAUUACCCUAAUGAUGGUUAUCCAGCUAGAUGAUUUAACUCAUCAACAACACACCACAAUUAAUUCAUUUAAUUGUUUUAAACUAUUACUAUAUUUCUUUAAUCAUAUCCACAACAAUUAAUAUAAUAGAAAGAAAUAUUUUAAAGAGUUAUAUAUAAUUUGUUUAAAUUAACCUUAAUCAUGUAAACAAUUAACUUCAAUGAAUUUUCAUCAAGCAAAAAAAAGACAUGACACAAUCAAGCACAAAGAAAAGCAACAAUUAACUUAAUGAUGUCAACUAAUCAACUACAGUAAAUUGAUUGCAACAUAGGAAAUGAGAGAUUUAUACCAACAGAAAAUAAAGUUAAUUAUGAUCUCAAUGGAAAACAAUCAAAGUUGAUUCUUCACAAUUAAAAAGUAAAAUUAAAAAUUCCAAUAUCAUCUAA